AUAAAAAAAUAAUAAUACACUCAAAAGUUCGACCAAGUGGGCCUAUAAAAGCAAGACCUGAUCAUCUGAAAUGGCAAGUCGACCUAAGACACUCAAUAACAUCACAUGCCCUCAUCUUCACCAAAAGCAAUCCAAUCCCGUGCCAAUAUGCAAUCCAUCGUGGUUUUCCUUACUUUAUUGGGUUUGAGCUUGGCCACUCCCCAAGGAGAUGAGAGCGCCUCAAUCAUGGAGACCCCCGAAUACGCCACUCUCACCCAAGCCAAGAUAGUCGAGCUCUACGAGUUCCUGAAGGCCGAACUCGAAGGAGAGGACCUUGAUGAUAUGGAACCCAUGGGACCCGUGGAACUCGGUAUGGAUUCCUUGGAACUUGGCGAGGAUGAAAUUACUCGUAAGAAACGAAGCGCCGAGGCCAAACCCUUCUUUUGGCGUUGGCUUUUUGGACACCGACGUAGAUACCGCAAGCACUAUUAUCACUAAAUAGCACAAGAUUGGUGUUGCGGCUCGACAAUGCAAUAAAGGACAUCAUUCCAAGAAGAUAUGAUAUCUUGGACCUAGAAAUGGACAAUCGGUUUGGAAUAAAUGCAUUGAAAAAUAGCAAGGCAUUCUUUUGAUUUUUGACUGGCCAUUAAAACGUGUUAUGAACUGGC